UGAGCUAUGCCUUCGCCAUAGUAGAACUAUUGCCCAUCCCACUCUCGCAUGCGCAUGUGUUGUUUACAGAAAUGUCACGUAUUCCUCGUACUAAAAAGACACAGUAAAUGCACUGCAUGCAAAAGUGUUCCAUUAUGGAGGAUUCAGUGGAGGUCAUCCUUCAGCAUAAAAGUUGCAAGCUCUCCAAUCAUACUCAGGAAAAGCCACUUUUCACAGCAGCAUCUGGGGCUUUGCUUGUGGGUGUUUAUGGCCUCUGGUCAUUAUUUGCACUUCCUGGUUUUCGGAAAGUACCCGUAUGUCUCAAGGUGCCUUAUUUGCCCUCCAGUAGAACACAGACCCAGAAUGUAAUGAAACUCCUGCAUGGGAGAGCAGGGUGUCUGGCAGAUCUGGGAUCUGGUGAUGGGAGACUGGUAUUUGCUGCCACUGUAGAGGGUUUCCAGUGCACUGGCUUUGAAAUUAAUUCUAUCCUAGCUGGAUAUGCCAGAGUCAAAGCAAAGUGGAAAGGAAUACCAUCCAGCACUGCGACUUUUAUAAACCAGGACUUUUGGAAGACCGAUUUGUCCAAAUAUAACAAUGUGACUGUUUUCUUGGCACCCGGAGUGAUGGAGGUGUUGGGUAGGAAACUGGAGAAGGAGUUACCAGAUGAGGCUCGUGUGAUUGCCUGUCGCUUCCCAUUUCCUGACUGGACUCCCACAGCCACUGAGGGUGAAGGACUAGACCAGAUUUGGGCAUAUGAUAUGAAUGCUAUACACAAGCUACCAUGAGAUGAAAAAGCAUCUUCCCUUGUGUCAGAAAGCUUUCUGUUUUGCAUUUUAACACUGCCUGAAAGGUACCAGUCACUUUUAGAAGACAUAUGCACGCAUGAUAAAGCAUAGAAUAAUUACUUAUUUUUAUUUUAAGGACUGCAUUUUUUUUCUCAUUUUCUGUUACUGCAGGUAGGUUUGAUGACAUGUUAUUUGUCUGUGUUGUGAAAUUCUAAACUAAACUGUGAAAUUAAGAGCCAAAAUUACUCUGCUGCCAACAAAUUGCUCAUAUGACCUUUGUCUUUUAAUAUCUCCUAGAAUAGCAAAAUCCAAAAAAAUUCUGAAGAUAACAUGGCUCUCUAUUACAUGUGGGUCAGACUUGCAUAAUACUUCCCAGAAAAUUAAUUUCAUUUUAUUGUACUAUAUACAGUAUUUUUUUAAUGUGUGGGUAACAGGGUUGAAUGAUUGAGUUUAAUGAAUGCAGUCAAAACAAAUUGUUUAUACAUAUUAAGGAAAAAGAAUGCCAUUUUUCUUGUUUUCUUGUUUUGCAUAUGCUCUCAUUAUUACUUUGGUGUCGCAUUUGACAUUUUUAAAUGAUAUUACACUUUUAUGUAAAAGGUUUGCACGCAAAAUAUGCAGCUUAAUAUGUUUUGAUAAGUAAAAAUAAAUAAUAGUACUUAAAGCUGCUUUGAUCUUAAUGAAAAUUAACAUCAGAAUUAUAACAUUCUUGUAUGAUUUUAAUUAUUACAGAGUCGAGAAGCUCAGGACCUGAUGUUGGACAGCCCACAAUACCCAUUUAAAGGGGGAAUACAGAUAUUUUGAAUGUUUUAAGCUAUGCUAUUUGAAUUUUAUUUUAGGUAAUAGUUCAUCUAGCAUGUUUAGUAGUUAAUAUAUUUCAAAACCUUAUACUAAUGCUUUAAAAUGGAACAUGCAAGAUGUUGUGUGUAACUUUGGCCACAUGGUGAUGCUCUUUACACUCUUCUAUGAAUCAGACGGUUUCAAACGUACAAAUGUCUUUGCCAUCGUUCAUUUAGCCCAUUGAACCACGAUAAAUUGGCAACAUCAGUAAACUGGCAAUAUCUCGCUUAUUUCUCAAAUGUUGUAGAUAUAUUAGCCUGCCUUUGACCGACAUACAAGAUGUUUAUUCAUCACUAUACGAGAGAUUGCCGUGUGGAUAUGGAUCAUUGCUCAGAUGGAUCUUAUUUUAUGCGAUAAUCUUUGCCUAGUAGGUGUCUGUGAAGUGGCUAGGAUGUUUAAUAAUGGAUACUGUGAGGUAGUUCACAGAUGACAGAGCAGAGCUAUAGCCUACGCCAGAUCUCACACGCCAUAUAGGGUCUUCCCCUCUCGUGACGCAGUUCGUCUAGAGCAGAGGCGCGCGGCGCUGCUGUAUAAAAGCGAGGAGACACGCCGGUCCAGCAGCAUUGUGACAGCACACACACACAGAGCCAUGGAGACACUGAGGAAUACCUCUUACCCAACUAUAACGACACACAACGAAAAGAUGUGUGAGCUCAAUAAAAUAAGUGA